AUGGUGAGCCCUGGGCUCCUGCUGCUGCUGCUGCUGCUGCCCUGCAUGCUGCCCUUGGCCUCGUUGCACACCUGGAAGACUGGGUGGCAUCAGUUCCACAAGGGCAUCGGGGAGUCCUGUGAGGAGCGCUGGGAAUGCCAGAGCAGCUGCACCAACAGCUCGAGCCCUGAGAAGUUCUGCACCCCCCAGACUGUGCUCCAGAAGUGCUUGCCCUGGCAGAAGCCGAACGGAUACAUGUGCUCAAGGCACUCAGAGUGCCAGAGCAACUGCUGCAUCACCAACAACUACGGGAAGCUGCUGUUCUGCACGGCCAGGACCAUCUUCUUACAGUGUGUGCCCUGGCGCAAGCCCAACUGGGACUAUUGUACCUACCACAGCGAGUGCCAGAGCAAGUGCUGCCUCAGGCUGAAUGAGGUCAGCAAGCACCGCUGUGUUCCUCGGACGGGGAUCCUGGUCCAGUGCCUGCCUGUGCACCCAGAGCUGCACUGGUUAUGGCAGGUCCACAAAGCGAGUCCCCAGGUGUUGGUGAGGCAGGAAGCUCACUGUGAUGAUGUGACCCGGGUCUGUGCCCUGGAGACCUCCCGGACCCUGAGCGUUUCACUCCAGGUGGUGCUCAGGACCUGA